AUGUCACGCUCUAUACCACUCACAUGUUCUGGACAUACGCGUCCAGUUGUACAACUACAAUUCUCUGUUCUACAGGCAGACAGCACGUUCUGUUUAAUAAGUUCUUGUAAAGAUGGUAAUCCUAUGCUCCGUGAUUGGACCGGCGAUUGGAUUGGUACAUUCCUAGGACACAAAGGUGCUGUAUGGUCAUCUAAACUAAGCCAUGAUACGACUUUAGCGGUAACAGCUAGUGCGGAUUUCACAGCCAAAGUAUGGGAUACAUACAACGGUACAUGUAUCCACACACUCCCUCAUCAACAUAUAGUAAGAUCUGCAGCUAUAUCACCAGAUGGCAGCCACAUUUUGACGGGUGGACACGAGCGUUUGUUGCGCUUAUUCGAUUUAAGCGCACCUGAACAAUCAACAUUCUUACAAACUUCUGAUCAGGAUUCAUCCGCGCAUAGUAGCACGAUAAAGAGCGUCUUGUGGCAGGAUGCAGCAAUGGCAGUCUCUGGAUCUGAAGAUGGUACUUUAAAAUGGUGGGAUCUUAGAUCUAAGCGCUCAUUCCAGGUUUAUCAAUUAGAUUCACCUCUCGUAUAUCUCGAAUGGUCGGCUGGUGCCCAUAUGAUGGUUGCAGUUGCGGGUAAUACCGUCUACUUCUUCAACGCCAAACAGCCUGGCCAAGUUAUCAAGCAAUUCAAUCUUAAACAUAAACCAAGUUGCGCAUCUUUACACCCAAUUGUUAUGGAUAAGUUCGUAGUCGGAUCUGCUGAUGAUACCUGGGUAAGAAUCUAUGACUUCAACAGCGGAAAUGAACUCGAUUGCUUCAAGGGACAUCACGGCCCUGUUCACGCUGUAGAGUAUAGUCCAGAUGGAGAAUACUUCGCUAGUGGAUCGGAAGAUGGAACUAUUCGUCUAUGGCAAACCAACCCUGGUCGUGCAUAUGGUUUAUGGCGCGCUAAUUAGUUAUUAGUUAGAGAAAAUUUUCGCCUGUUGAUUGGGUGUUCUAAGUGAAAAGGAAAUAUCUAUUAACUUA